GCCUUCCACUUCCAACCCACUAACCCUGUUAUCAUCAUUGCGGACCCAUUACUUUUCUUUUUUAUUAUAUUUCCUUUAAUUCUCUAUAUUGGAAGAAAUUACUGCUAGUUGUUAGCUGAUCCUAAUGGCGUCUGCUUGUUCACCUUUAACUUCUGUUCAUCUGCAGGUUAAUUCACCAGGCAAAUCAUUGUCACCAUCAUCGACGACUAGGUUGUCUUCUCGUCGUGUUGUUGUUCGGCGGAUUAGAGCCUCAGUGUCAGAGAAACCAUCUGUUCCAGCGCCAUCCGUGGCGGUUUCUGAGCCUGGAGAAACCAAGCUUCCAUUGAAGAAAAUUCCAGGGAAUUAUGGAAUUCCUUUUGUUGGUCCAAUCAAAGACCGACUUGAUUAUUUUUACAACCAAGGUAGAGAUGAGUUUUUUAAAUCAAAAAUCCAGAAAUAUCAGUCAACGGUGCUUCGAGCCAACAUGCCACCCGGUCCUUUCAUCGCUUCUAAUCCAAAUGUUGUCGCUUUACUCGAUGGUAAGAGUUUCCCUGUUCUUUUUGAUGUGACCAAAGUUGAAAAAAAAGACCUUUUCACUGGUACUUACAUGCCUUCAACCGACCUUACCGGCGGUUACCGAAUCCUCUCAUACCUCGAUCCUUCCGAGCCCAAACACGCCAAGCUCAAACAACUUCUCUUUUUUCUCCUGAAGUCUACCAGAGAUAAAGUGAUCCCUCAGUUUGAGGCUUGUUACACCGAGUUAUUUGAAACGUUGGAGAAAGAACUUGCUGAGAAAGGCAAAAGCAGUUUUCAGACAGCUAAUGAUCAAGCUGCGUUUAACUUCUUGGCUCGGGCUUUCUUCGGCUCAAACCCACCUGAUACUAAACUAGGAGUUGACGGUCCUAGCUUGAUUAGUAAAUGGGUACUGAUUCAACUCGGUCCAGUUCUCUCUCUUGGUCUCCCAAAAUAUGUCGAAGAACUUCUAAUCCAUACUUUUCCUCUUCCACCGUUUCUUGUUAAAAAAGAUUACCAGAGGCUCUACGAUUUUUUCUACGAGUCAUCUGGUUUCGUUCAAGAUGAAGCUGAGAAAUUGGGUAUCUCACGGGAAGAAGCUUGUCAUAAUCUGUUAUUCGCCACAUGCUUUAAUUCCUUCGGUGGCAUGAAAAUUUUUUUCCCCAACAUGCUUAAAUGGAUUGGCAGAGCUGGAGUCAAAUUGCAUACUGAAUUAGCACAAGAGAUCAGAUCAGCCAUCAGAUCCAACGGUGGGAAACUUACUAUGGCUGCCAUGGAACAGAUGCCAUUGAUGAAAUCUGUUGUAUACGAAGGGUUCCGGAUCGAACCUCCAGUUCCAUUACAGUACGGGAAAGCAAAGAAAGAUCUUUUGAUCGAGAGCCACGACGCCGUUUUCGAAGUGAAAGAAGGAGAGAUGUUGUUCGGGUUCCAACCUUUUGCGACAAAAGACCCGAAAAUCUUUGAUAGACCCGAGGAGUUUGUCGCGGACAGGUUCAUGGGUGAUGAUGGCGAGAGGCUGUUAAAGCACGUGCUUUGGUCAAACGGACCCGAGACUGAGCAUCCAACGUCGGGAAACAAACAAUGCGUGGGCAAGGAUUUCGUGGUGCUGAUGUCUAGGCUCUUGGUGGUCGAACUGUUCAGACGUUACGAUUCGUUUGAGAUCGAAGUCGCUAAGUCGGCUUUGGGGGCAGCCGUGACGGUAACGUCGUUGAAGAGAGCAAGCUUUUAGAUAUAGUAACUUCUAUGUUUGUCAAAAGUAAAUUUGGCAAAUGAGUAAAUUUACCUCCCUGUGUUUUUUGAUGAAAUAAAUUUACCUUCUAUUAUUUGUUGUAAUGAAUGAUUUCUAUUUUUCUAGAAAAAAAAAAAGGGAAUUUAUGGAUAAAAUUUAUUGGGUUUUAAGUUAAUAAGUGAAAUUUUUUGAUGACGUAAUUAUGACAAGAACGUUAGACAAAAAAACAUUGUAAAGACUAUGUAUGUGUCGGUAACAAGUUUGAAGAGGCUCUUGGCCAUUGGAUGUUGGAACUUUGAAGUAACUGUCUGGAAGAGAAGAAACGAGGGAUGCGUGUGUUGUUCAGAUGGGGUCGGCAAGUGGUCGUAAUCAGAGGCAGCCGUUGAAAUCACUUUUGAUGUGAUACAGAUUCUUUGGUUUAUUCAGAAUCACAGAUUAGCCAAAAAAAAAAGUACCAUUGGGUUUUUUUUUUUUUUUUUUUUUACUAUAACACAACAGAGACGCUCAUAUCAGAACACUGAUUGAACUGUGUUUUAGAUUUCUGAAAAUUCAACUGGUUUGAAAAACCGCUCGUUAUUCGAUUGACUAAUUCAAAAGAGAAAAGUUGAUGUCCUUAACGUGAAAACUCAGAAGCAUUUGAUUCCAAUGUACUCCUUGCAUUGUCUGUUCUAGCAGCAAUUUAAUGGGUUCAGUCAAUUACCCUAUUACCCUCCAUGUCUACUUUUAAUUUCAGGAUCCCAACUGAAUGGUGCUAUGUUGUAGGAAAUUAGGAAUGCAUAAUUUACAAUUCUUAUGAAGUAGGAGAAUUGCUUUUGCUGUUA